AUGGCCAACGAUUUGUGGUCAUGUACCUGUUGUACGGAGGCUCUUACGUGUUGGUUGCGCCUAAAACUGUCGCCGGAGGAAAUAGAGCAGCGAUACAGAAGCAAAGAAAUAGAUAAAAUAUUAGAGAAGGAGAAACAGACACUACGACGACAGGUAAAACUAUUAUUGCUCGGUGCGGGUGAAAGCGGAAAGUCAACAUUCCUGAAACAGAUGAGGAUAAUACACAAAGUGAAGUUUGAGCCGGAACUGGUGCGAGAGUACCAGCAUGUGAUAUACCAGAACAUAGUUAAAGGUAUUCAGGUGUUGGUGGACGCGAGGGAUAAGCUCGCCAUACCGUGGGAGAACCCGAGAAACUUGGACAUCGGUCAGCAGGCGCUGCACUUCAACAGUACGUCAUCACUGGACAGUCGGCUGUUCGUGCAUUACGCGCCGCACAUACACUCGCUGUGGUUAGACAGAGCCAUAAAGAGGGCCUAUGACAGGCGGAGAGAAUUUCAAUUGAGUGACUCGGUGAGCUAUUUCUUCGAUGAACUGGAGCGCAUUGCGAGACCUGACUACAUCCCCUCCCACCAAGACAUCCUGCACUGUCGGAAGGCCACGAAGGGCAUCACGGAAUGUACAAUCAACAUCAACAACGUGCCAUUUGUAUUUGUCGACGUGGGAGGGCAGCGGACACAGCGGCAGAAAUGGACGCAGUGCUUCGAUUCCGUCACGUCCAUACUCUUCCUCGUCUCCUCUUCAGAGUUCGACCAAGUCUUGUCGGAAGACAGGAAAACGAACCGCCUAGAAGAGGCGCUAAAUAUCUUCGACACGAUCGUGAACAACGUAAACUUUAAAGGCAUCUCCAUCAUCUUGUUCCUGAACAAGUCGGACCUACUGGCGCGGAAGGUGGCCAGCAAGGAGACGGACAUCCGCUGGUUCUACCCGCAGUUCGCGGGCGACCCGCACAACCUGCGCGACGUGCAGAUGUUCCUGCUCAACAUGUUCGCCAACGUCCGCCGCGAGCCCAAGACGACGCUGUACCACCACUUCACCACCGCCAUCGACACGCACAACAUCGAGGUCGUCUUCAACUCCGUCAAGGACACGAUCCUCAAUCGUAACCUAGAAUCGCUCAUGCUGCAGUGA